UACACUCGUUUUCUAUAUUUGCGUUGCAUGAUCAUGAAUUCCUCCUCCAUUUAUAUUCUUGUCUUUGUCCAGCUUUGGUUGUUGAGCUUACCAUGCAGAGAGAGUGUGUGCAUCCCAAGUGAGCGUGAGACACUUUUGAAGUUUAAGAAUAAUCUGAAUGAUCCUUCAAAUAGGCUUUGGUCUUGGAAUCAUAAUCAUACCAACUGUUGCCACUGGUAUGGAGUCCUCUGCCACAACCUCACUUCCCAUCUUCUUCAGCUUCACCUCAACACUACGUUUUCUGCUUUCGAAUUUGACUAUGAUUACCACUAUCGCUUCGAUGAGGAAGCUUAUAGGAGAAGGAGCUUUGGUGGAGAGAUAAGUCCUUGUUUGGCUGAUUUAAAGCAUUUGAAUUACUUGGACUUGAGCGGCAAUUAUUUCCUUGGAAAAGGUAUGUCAAUUCCUUCUUUCCUUGGGACAAUGACUUCCUUGACUCACCUCAACCUCUCUCAUACUGGAUUCAAUGGGAAGAUUCCUCCUCAGAUUGGGAAUUUCUCUAAGCUUCGAUAUCUUGACUUGAGCUACAAUUAUUUCCUUGGAGAAGGUAUGGCAAUUCCUUCUUUCCUUUGUGCAAUGACCUCCUUGACUCACCUCGACCUCUCUUAUACUCUAUUCCAUGGGAAGAUUCCAUCUCAGAUUGGGAAUCUCUCCAAUUUGGUCUACCUUGACCUCGGAGGUUAUUCUGAUCUGUUAGCUGAAAAUGUAGAAUGGGUAUCAAGUAUGUGGAAGCUUGAAUAUCUUGAUUUGAGUUAUGCAAACCUAUCCAAAGCAUUUCAUUGGCUACACACUCUCCAAUCUCUUCCUUCUUUGACCCACCUAUAUUUGUAUGAAUGCACACUCCCUCACUAUAAUGAACCAUCCCUGCUCAACUUCUCAUCUCUGCAAACUCUCAUUCUUUACAAUACUAGUUAUUCCCCUGCCAUUUCUUUUGUCCCCAAGUGGAUAUUCAAAUUGGAGAAACUUGUUUCUCUUGAAUUAUCAGGUAAUUAUGAAAUCCAAGGUCCGAUUCCUGGUGGUAUUCGAAACCUCACACUUCUUCAAAAUCUUGACUUGUCUUUCAAUUCAUUCUCAUCUUCUAUACCUGAUUGCUUAGACGGUCUUCGUCGUCUCAAGUUCCUGAACCUCAAGGGCAACAAAUUGCAUGGGACUAUUUCUGAUGCCCUGGGAAAUUUGACUUCUCUUGUUGAACUUGAUUUAUCACGUAAUCAACUUGAAGGAACAAUUCCGACUUUUUUGGGUAAUCUCCGCAACUUAAGGGAGAUAAAUUUAAAAUAUCUCUAUCUCUCUUUUAAUAAAUUCAGUGGAAAUCCAUUUGAAAGUCUUGGAUCACUCUCUAAAUUGUCAUAUCUUUAUAUUGAUGGCAAUAAUUUUCAAGGAGUUGUCAAGGAAGAUGAUCUUGCAAAUCUUACAAGCUUGGAGCAGUUUAGUGCAUCAGGAAACAAUUUCACUUUAAAAGUGGGUCCCAAUUGGAUUCCUAAUUUUCAACUUACCUUUUUGGAAGUGACAUCAUGGCAGUUAGGUCCCAGCUUUCCAUCGUGGAUUCAGUCACAAAACAAACUUGAAUAUGUUGGACUGUCUAACACGGGGAUUAUUGAUUCUAUUCCCACACAGAUGUGCGAGGCACUUUCUCAGGUUUUGUAUUUAAACCUCUCUCAUAAUCAUAUCCAUGGUGAGAUUGGGACUACAUUAAAGAAUCCAAUAUCUAUCCAAACUAUUGAUCUAAGCUCAAAUCACUUGUGUGGUAAAUUACCCUAUCUUUCAAGAGAUGUGAUUCAGUUAGAUCUUUCGAGCAAUUCAUUCUCUGAAUCCAUGAAUGAUUUUUUAUGUAACGAUCAGGAAGAGCCAAUGCAAUUAGAAUUUCUGAAUCUUGCAUCGAAUAAUUUGUCAGGAGAGAUACCUGAUUGCUGGAUGAAUUGGACAUUUCUUGUGGAUGUAAAUUUACAAAGCAACCAUUUUGUUGGGAACUUACCGUCAUCCAUGGGUUCCUUGUCUGAGCUGCAGUCUUUACAAAUUCGUAACAACACACUCUCAGGAAUAUUUCCUACCAGUUUGAAGAAGACUAACCAAUUGAAAUCCUUGGAUCUUGGAGAAAAUAAUCUUUCAGGAAGUAUUCCACCAUGGGUGGGAGAAAAGCUCUCAAAUAUGAAAAUCCUCCGCCUUCGAUCAAACAGUUUUUCCGGUCACAUUCCAAAUGAAAUAUGCCAGAUGAGUCAUCUUCAAGUUUUAGACCUUGCAAAAAACAAUUUGUCUGGCAAUAUACCGAGCUGUUUCAAUAACUUGAGUGCCAUGACACUAGUGAACCGAAGUACAGAUCCCAGAAUCUAUUCUUCAGCACUGAAUUAUACAAUAUACUCUUCCAAUUCUGAUAUAGUUAGUGUGCUACUAUGGCUGAAAGGAAGAGGAGAUGAGUACAAAAACAUUCUGGGUUUGGUAACAAGCAUUGAUCUGUCAAGUAACAAAUUAUUAGGAGAAAUACCUAGAGAAAUCACAGAUAUAAAUGGAUUGAACUUUUUGAACUUGUCCCACAACCAAUUGAUUGGUCCUAUUCCAGAAGGUAUUGGUAAUAUGGGAUCGUUACAGUCCAUUGAUUUUUCGAGGAAUCAACUUUCUGGUGAAAUCCCUCCAACCAUUGCAAAUUUGAGCUUUCUGAGCAUGCUAGACUUGUCUUACAAUCAUUUGAAGGGAAAUAUUCCAACAGGAACUCAAUUGCAAACCUUUGAUGCCUCCAGCUUUAUUGGCAACAAUCUAUGUGGUCCACCACUGCCCAUAAACUGCAGCUCCAAUGGGAAAACUCAUAGUUAUGAAGGAAGUGAUGGGCAUGGAGUGAAUUGGUUUUUUGUCAGUAUGACAAUUGGAUUUGUUGCGGGAUUCUGGAUAGUGAUUGCUCCUUUACUUAUUUGUAGAUCAUGGAGGUAUGCCUAUUUUCAUUUCCUUGAUCACGUGUGGUUCAAACUUCAAUCUUUUUGCUCAUGUAGUAUCAGUGUUUAGUGUUGCUUAGAAUACACCGAUGUUUUAUCAUUGUAUUGGCAGGUUGAUCAAUUUGUAGUCAUUGCUAUCUUUUUUUUUUUCAGAGUUUAGAGCCUUAUGUAAAUUCUGUUUUGGGAUGUAAAGAUUUGCAUAUUGAGCAUAUUAUUACA